UGUAGUCAGGGUGAACCCUAGCCCACAGUGGUCUUUUCUCUCCGCCACUUUCAGAGUGGAGCCAGUUUGCUUUCUCUCUCUCUCUUUCUCUCUCUCUUACUCUCUCUCACUGUGUCACAGUCAAUUUCUACACUCGCUGUUUUUUCAAACAGCGUAAUCGUAAUCAUCUUCGCACUAUUGAUGUCAGAAUCUGCAGGUAAGUAACAUUUGCAGAGUGACAAAGAAGGAUCAAAGCGAGGCGUGGAGAAUCGAGUGGGGGAAACGCGGGCAGAGGGAGCGAGAGAGCGAGCGAGGCAGAGCAUGGAGGAGAGGAUGGCGAGCGUUUCAUCGGAUCAGUCGGCGAGCGUGGAUGAAUUGGUGGAGGCCUGCAUCAAAGCCUUUGAUGAUGAAGGGGAGCUCAAGGAUCCCUCUCCGGUACGAAUGUUCCUCAUGAUGCAUCCGUGGUACCUUUCCUCUACUGACCUGGCAAAGAAACUCCUACACAAGUCUCAGGAAGAGAACUGCACUGCUGCUCGCCAGUCUCAGAUCUGUCAUCUCAUCAAGUACUGGAUGGGUGAGUUCCCGGCCGAGUUUGACCUGAACCCGGAGCUGGCUGAGCAGAUCCGCUGCCUGAAAGAGCUGCUGGAGCAGAACGGGGACGUGAGGCGCAGUCUCCUCAUAGACAUAGACAGCGUACCAUCAUACGAAUGGAAACGGCAGAUCUCCUCAGUUGUCCAAAAGAAAAGCAAGAUGUCUCUGCUUUUUGAUCACUUGGACGCCUCAACCCUGGCAGAACACCUGACCUACAUGGAGUAUAAGUCCUUCUGCAAAAUCCUGUUCCAGGACUACCACAGUUUCGUAAUGCACGGCGCUCCUGUCGAUAACCCCAUUCUGCAGCGCUUCAUCACCCUGUUUAACAGCGUUUCCCAGUGGAUUCAGAUGAUGGUGCUCAGUAAGCCUACAGCCCAGCAGAGAGCCACUGUCAUUACUGAUUUUAUCACCGUGGCCCAGAAGCUGCUGGAGCUGCAGAACUUUAACACACUGAUGGCAGUGGUGGGGGGCCUGAGCAGCAGCUCCAUCUCCAGACUCAAGGAGACACGGGCUCUUAUUGGCAGCGAUGCACAGAAGCUUUUUGACAGACUAGUGGAGUUGGUCACUUCGUACGGGAACUACAACAACUACCGCCAGCGCUUCUCCGAGUGCACAGGCUUCCGCUUUCCCAUCCUGGCCGUGCACUUGAAGGACCUGAUCGCCGUCCACGUGGCCCUGCCCGACUGGGCUGACCCAGAGAAAAGCCGGGUCAACCUGACCAAGACCCAGCAGCUGUACACCAUUCUGCAGGAGCUGGCUCUGAUCCAGAGCACGCCACCAGACAUCGAUGCCAACCCAGACCUCCUCAGUCUGCUUAUUGUGUCUCUGGACCAGUACCACACAGACGAGGAGAUCUAUCAGCUUUCUCUGCAGAGGGAGCCGCGGAGCCUGAGAUUAACCGCAUCCACCUCGAAGACACAGUCUCCUCUAAUUGAGCAGUGGGCGUCUUCAGUCAAACCCAAGGCUGAUCCAGUCAUCAUCAACAAGCACAUUGAGAAGAUGGUGGAGUCUGUGUUUACGAAUUUUGACACGGAUGAGGACGGCUACAUUUCCCAAAAAGAGUUUGAGACAAUCCGGAACAACUUCCCUUACCUCAGCAAGUUUGGCGACUUGGACCACAACCAGGAUGGCAGAAUUAGCAGAGAGGAGAUGGUUCAGUACUUCAACAAAGCCAGCUCCCUGCUAAACUGUAAGAUGGGCUUUGUUCACACGUUUGCAGCCAUGAACUGCAUCAAGCCUACAGUCUGCCAGCACUGCUCGGGCAUUAUAUGGGGUUUUAACAAGAAAAGAUACAAAUGCAAAGUGUGUGGAGUUAGCUGUCAUAAAGACUGCCGCAGUCGUUUGGCCAUUGAGUGUCGUAAACGGACAAAAAGUGUCAGCCUUGACAGCCCCAUUCCACAGAUCAGCCGCUCUCUCAGUUUUCCUCCUCCAAACAGACAUAAAACCAUCCCUGAGUGCGCAGUGAUCAUUGAAGAGACUAAAGAGAACGUCGAUGAUGAGGUGUUUGAUGAGCACCUUUGAUGAGAUAGGAACAGAAUCUGCUUGUUCAUCUGCAAACAGUCUAUAAGCAACAGUGCGGUGAAGAAUUCUCAUCAAUUUGCAGAAAGCUGAGCAUUUGAAGCUGAGAUGUGAUCUAUAUUUUGGAUGCUUUUUACCGUGGAUCAUUUAAAAGAACUCAUCUGAAAGGAAAUACAGAAAGAAAAACAGAAAAAAAAAGCCUCUCACUACUAUUUAAAAAAAAAAAUACUUACGUCUAAUAUGCUGGUUGGAAAAAAAAAACUGAUAAUCUGUAUCAGAAACAAUGUGAAUGCAUUUAUUGUGAGCUUAAACUAAUGGCACAGUUUUUUUUUCUUUGUGUUGCACUGGACGAUUCAUUUCUAUUUACUGUGAUCUGUAUUGGUGACAUCAUCCUGUAUGCUGCCUUUUGUUUCUCUCCUAUAGAAAUGUACAUUAUGUUCUAGAAUGGCUUUAUAUUUUAUAUAUUAUAUAUGAUUUAAGUAGGAGAGGGGGAAUCUGCAGCCACAAGGUCAUAGAAAUGACAUCAGGCAUAAUUGUGCUGCGGUCAUUGUGUGAACGCCCUUGUGCGCAGACGUGCCACUGGGGGGAGCUGUUGAUACAGACUGAUGUGUGUCUCAUAGAUCUACUGUGUGCAAAGUUCUGUGUAAUCAUUAUGAUGUACAUGUGAAUGGCCAUGGUGUGCGUAUGUGUGUGUGUGUGUGUGUGUGUGUGUGUGUGUAUGUGUCUCAAUACAUUGAAGAGAGUGUAAACAACCAACCUUUUUCCUUUGUUCUUUUUGCUGUGAAGCAGGAAAUGCUGUCAA